AUGACCAGCAUAUUCGACAUCGUCAAGUCUUUCUUCCCACCCACGCCGUGGGCCUAUAGCUGGCAGUUGGGCAUUUUCCAAUGGUUUCCAGCCGCAACUGUACUGCAAUGGCUGGUCAGGUACCACCCAGCAGGCAAAUUCUCUUUGCAUAACUCAGUACUGAAUGUGAAUGGCCGGUUUGCUUGGUGUGUGAUGGAGCUCGUUGGUCCCGUCCAGCUCCUAUACAUCCUAGCAACUUUCCCGGCAGAAUUCAAGAUCGCGGAACUACCAUUCUGGAACAAAGUGACUGCAGCGCUGUAUGUGAUUCAUUACAUCAAUCGCUCUAUCGUCAACCCACUAUUUGUAGCUCCAAGUAUCUCUCCUGCGAGAAUUGAGCUCUUUUUGUUUGCCUGUCUCUUCAAUUGGUUUAAUUCCGCGUGCAUAAGUGGUUGGAUUGUGGGCUACGACACACAAUUGGCGGGAUACGAGUCCAACGGCGCGCUCUCGAUCGACCUCUUGGAGUCGCCUUGGAAAAAGGCCAUCCCGUGGGUUGGUCUGUCUCUCUUUGCAUAUGGCUUAAUCAAUAACAUCAGUGCUGAGCGGACUCUCUGGAGUCUUCGCCGCGAGGAAGCUCUUCGACGCGCUGCCAAAAAGAGUGAUGACACUGACAAAGAUGUCAGCGAAGCAGGAAAUCAAAACAUAUAUCACAAAGUGUAUGUCAUUCCUCCUCCAUCGGGUCUUUUCAGGUGGAUUCUCUACCCUCAUUACGCCUUUGAGUGGCUGGAGUGGAUUGGUUUCGCGCUUGUGGGGAUUUCUGUCUACCCUGCCCGUUCAAUGGGGCUAUUUCAAGAGGAGACCUUGAGCACCCCUGCGAUCACUCUUGCUCCGUGGAUCAGGCCGUUCGCUUCGCUGGCUAAUCGGCUGCAAAUACCGCUCCCCUUGCCAGCUCUUGUCUUUGUGUUGAAUGAUAUAUUCACCAUGAUGCCCCAGGCACGACGUGGUCGAGAAUGGUAUAGUCAAAAGUUUGGCAAAGAUGCUGUUGCUGGACGGAGUGCUGCUAUUCCUGGUGUUGCCUUCUUAUAA